CCGGCCUCAGGUAACACAAAACGCAGAUAUGGACUCUGAAACCAUAGAAAAAAUGUGUGAGACCAUCAUUACGGCAUUUUCAGUCGGAGGUGUUGUGAUUAUGAGUCCUGCUCUUCUGGCUUGGCUUGGCUUCACCACAACUGGAAUAGCAGCAGGCUCCUUUGCUGCGUAUCUCAUGUCAAUGUUUGGAACAACCUGGUGGAUAGCUUGGUUACAGUCAGCUGGUGCUGCUGGAUUCGGAUGGCUUGGCACUUCAUUUUCUGCUGCAGUUGGAGGUACUAUGGGGAAGAUCAUAUCUACUGUUUGCAACGUAACUGUGAAAAAUGAACCAUGAUUCCUAAUACUGAUGUAAGACUGAUGGUCUUUUCUUCACUAUGUCAAAAAAAAAACAGUUUGUCUUUUUGUUGACAUUUUUAGGGAACCACUACAAAUAGAUGAUGCAGUAAAUAAAAGAUGUUUUUAAGCAUUUGGCCACUACUUUCAGUCUUAAAUAAAAUAAAUGAUUUUGAUGAUUC